AUGAAGUCAGUUAAAAGUCUUCUUAUUUCUCCUCAGGGUGAGCCUGGAAAGCAAGGAGCUUCUGGUGGUCCUGGAGACCGUGGACCCCCUGGACCUGUUGGACCACCUGGACUGACGGGACCUGCUGGAGAGCCUGGCAGAGAGGGCACCCCUGGAUCUGAUGGACCUCCCGGUAGAGAUGGUUCUCCUGGAAAUAAGGGGGAGCGUGGUAACACUGGUCCUGCUGGUGCUGCUGGUGCUCCGGGCGCUCCCGGUGCUUCCGGCCCAGUUGGUCCGACUGGCAAACAGGGAGACAGAGGAGAGCCUGGUCCUCCUGGAACCCCCGGACCCCCUGGUCCUCCUGGUCCCCCGGGCCCUGGCAUCGAUAUGUCUGCCUUCGCUGGUCUGGGUCAGACUGAGAAAGGCCCCGAUCCUCUCAGGUACAUGAGAGCCGACCAGGCUUCUGGAAAUCUCCGACAGCAUGAUGCUGAGGUCGACGCCACUCUCAAAUCUCUCAACAACCAGAUUGAGAACAUCCGCAGCCCCGAGGGAUCCAAGAAAAACCCUGCUCGCACCUGCAGAGACCUGAAACUGUGCCACCCUGACUGGAAGAGCGGAGAGUACUGGAUUGAUCCCAAUCAAGGCUGCACCGUAGAUGCUAUUAAGGUCUUCUGCAACAUGGAGACAGGGGAGUCCUGCGUCCACCCCAAGCCUUCCAGCAUCCCUCGCAAGAACUGGUGGACCAGCAAGAGCAAGGAGCGCAAACAUGUCUGGUUCGGAGAGAGCAUGAAUGGAGGAUUCCAUUUUAACUAUGGCGAUGACAGCCUGGCGCCCAACACUGCCGCCAUUCAGAUGACGUUCCUGAGACUGCUGUCCACUGAGGCUUCUCAAAACAUCACCUACCACUGUAAGAACAGCGUGGCCUACAUGGACGGCUCGACAGGCAACCUGAAGAAGGCCGUGCUGCUGCAGGGCUCCAAU